AUGCUUCGUCAAGCCUUGAUUACGGCCGUGCCGCUCUUUUUAGCCACUCUCUUUUUGUUUUUCGUGGGCCUUUGGGAAGAGAAGUACGAUAAAAUAUCCUACAAGGGCGUUGACCAGUACAGAAUUAAUGCCUGUGGAAACUUGCUAACGACCUACUACACGGGCUGUGGAGGCCAUGGUCACGGAGGCCUGUUUGGCUGUUACUGUACCAACCCAGUUUUGCUUUCGAGCUUUUUGGGCUGUUUUGACCGCUAUGGCUUGAGUGCCGAUAAGACCGUUGAUUUGGUCCACAAAGAGUGCAACGACCCUGAAUUGACCAAAGCCAUGCUUCACCGGUCCUUGGAUACUUUCCACAAAGAGAGCGUUUUUGUUAACGUCACGGGCCGCUGGGACAUAGGCCACUUGACCCACGCCCAGAUGCUGGACCACACUGCCAUGGGCAAUGAGUCUGUGAUUGUCGAUUUCGGCACCUACUUCCCAGACUUGUUUGUGAGAAUUUACACUGCCAGAAUGGGCAACCACGACAAAUCGCUUUUGUAUUCCAUUGGCGGCAUUGCUUUCUGGAUGGGCUUGUGCUUGAUUGCAACCAUUGCAAACUGGACUGUUCGUUUGGUACCUAGCUCAAGAAACCUCUUUGAUGGAACAUACUCCAGAGCAUGGAGGAAAUAUGUGACGCUUCCAGCCUUGAUUGAUAGAAAGCGUAACCAGGAACAGAAGUGCUGGACGGUUUUCGAUGGUCUCGUUCCCACCAGAUUUGAAUCCUUGGCCCUUUUUUCUUUCCUUGCAUACACCUUCAUCACACAGAUUGUCCAUAUUUACUACGUUGACGACAAUCCUUUCUGGGAUGGCAACAGAUCUUUGGCUUUCUACGUUGGUGACAGAACUGGUAUCCCCAGUCUCAUCUGGACCCUUUUACUUAUAAUCUUUGGCGGCAGAAGCAAUAUCUUACAAUGGCUCACCGGGUGGAAAUUCUCUACUUUCGUUGCGUACCACCGUUGGAUUGCCAGAAUCGUCGUUCUUCUUGCUGUUGCUCAUUCCAUCGCUUUUACAUACAACGAGCACAGAAGAGGUACCUACCACACUUCGAUUAUACUGGACUUUCUCAUAUACGCUUGCAUUGCAACCAUCGCUGGCUGCCUCAUGUGCUUCCAGGGUCUCUUAUGGUUGAGAAGGAAAAGCUACGAAAUCUUUUUGAUCAUUCACAUCAUUUUGGCUGCGCUCUGGAUCAUGGGAUGCUGGGUCCAUGUGGAGUGGUUCGGCUACACACCAUUCAUGAUUGCUGCUGCCUGUCUUUGGGUCGCCGACCGUGUAAUCAGAUUUCUCAGAAUGGGCUACUUUGGAACCCCCAAGGCAACGGUUCUGUUAAUUGAGGGCGACACUCUCAGGGUGGUUGUUCCUAAAUCUCCCACAAUGAAGACUAUCCCCGGUGGCCACUGCUGGGUAUACUUUGGCUAUGGUUUAGCAUUCUGGCAAAAUCACCCUUUCUGCUACAUUGAGUCUCCUGAUGGAAAAACCAUGACUUUCAUUUGCAAGGUCAAAGGAGGUCUCACCAAGAAAAUUGGCGACCACCUUGAGAAGCUUCCCGAAAAGUCGUGCCAGAUGAGGGUUGCAAUUGAAGGCUGCUACGGCGAGACCUCUCCAGUAUCCAGACACAGCAGCAUUGUGUACUUGGCAGGUGGCCACGGCUUUCCAGGUGUAUUUUCUGAGGCUUCUCAUGAAGCGGCUAGAUCGCCAGAAAAGCAAAGCAUAAAGCUUCACUGGAUCAUCAAGGACCUCAAGGCCUUGCUGGUGGUUUGGAAAGAACUUCAGUUUUUGGCCACCACAAAAAUCGAAACUACGAUAUAUGUGACCAGACCAGAAAGCACCAGAGCAGAGUUGGCUUUCCUCAAGCAGGAGUCCUGUGAAUCGUCCAUCAAUGAAAAGGAGGAGACGCUGGCACACGUCACGGCACUUUCAUGUACAUCCUCUUCAGAAAAAGAGAGCAUAGAAGUGGACAUGCUAAUGCAAAAAGUCAAGGACUUCUUUCCUCACAUCACAUUCGUUCUGAAAAGACCAUUGAUAGACAACAUUAUCAGCAAUGAGAUCGAGGAGUCCACCGAAAGCGCAGCAUUUAUCACAUGUGGCCACCCUGCCAUGGUCGAUGACGUAAGAGCUGGUGUCGUUUCCAGAAUCGACACUACAGAAAAAAGAAUCGAUUUCUUUGAACAGUUGCAAGUGUGGACAUAG